AUGUUGACUUACAUAAAUGUUUGGAAAACAACAAGCCCUGAAGAGUUUGAAAAGCAUUUCGAGUUUUUUCAGAUUUUAUGUUUGAUAAGAGCACAUCAUUCAAAUUCUCAUCUCUUGACACAAUCGACACUUCUUCCAUUCUGUCAUUCUCUCUCGCCAUCAGAUUGUGAUAGAUCAAUCAAAACAAUACAUGAACGACGACACAUCGUCACAACUCACAAGAAGGGUGAAUGGGAAUCAAAUUAUAGAGCGGGCGAAGUAUUUUGGGAUUCACUCUAUUUCAUCCCUGGUAAUUCCACUCGAGAAGAAUUGCAGCAAGUCUCUAUUGCGAUGAUAAAAUUGAUCCAGGAAAAGAACGGAUUUUCUGUUGUGAUACGGAUCAGUAAUCUGAGCUUCAGAUUAGCAUUUUUUGCUUUUUACGCUCUUCCUGAAUGA